AUGGCUUGCAAAUGCGCGUGGCGCCCUGGUAUUGCGGCCAGCUGUGGGGUGCAGGUGCUCGUGCAUUCCUCAAGAAGUAGCCGGACGUACGGGCAGAGAGGUGCGGCGUGCACCACAGCGUCAUUGUGUCAGAGUGCUCUAGGCAUCAUGUCACUGCUGUGCCCGCGCGUGCUGAAGCCUCAUCUCGCACGUCGGUGGCGGCGUGGUGCUGCUCAGCAGCGAGGCAACGUCCAAGCCCGUGCCGCACGGAUGUCCUUUGAAUGUGUCGCUGGAGACCUGGCGAUAAGCAUGAUGAUUCCCACCUUCGAAGCAUUUCUGCUGUCCGGUAGCGGGAUCUACACGCCGCUGUGGCUGAUAUUCGGCAGCGCCACUGGGCCAAAUUUCGCCAGCCCGGAGGUGAAGCAUGGAGUUGUGCUUGCCGCUUGUUGGCUCAGCAGUGCUUCCUAUGCACGGGCAUAUGAGGGAGAGGCGUUAGAUGGCGAGGAUCCAUCCGAGUUGCUUUGGCGCCUAUUCACGACGAAUUUUCUGAAUGCUUGGCUGAUAUUUUUUGCAGUGUCAUUCCUAGGCCUCUUCGAACCGUUCAGUGAGGCAGAUUGUCUGCACCUGGGCAUACCUGCAGACACUUGGGGUUCUGCUGGUUUCAGCCUGGAUGCCAAAGUCAUCAGGCAAGUGGUGGAUGUCAACAUUGACAUUUUAGUUGAAGCGCUGCUUCUGAACACAUGGCAUGUUUACUAUGCCGGGUCAGAUUUCUACAAGCUCUGGAGUCUGUUGAUGCGCCGAUUCGGCAUGUGA